AUUUAAUAAUUUCAACUUACAUUUAAGACCACAACUCAGUUUAGCAAUUUGGUUUGGUUCAUCUCUACCCCCAUCCAUUUCUAGAUAAAACCGAAAAGCUUAUGGCUGAAUCUCAAGUUAGCGGCGAAGAUAGAGGAAGGUUGUGGACACUCAAAGGCACAACUGCACUUGUUACCGGUGGCACUAAAGGCAUUGGGUAUGCUAUAGUUGAAGAAUUAGCAUAUUUUGGAGCAACAGUAUACACAUGUUCACGUAAUAAAAAAGAGCUUGACGAAUGCUUAGAGCAAUGGAUGAGCAAGGGAUUUCAAGUAGCUGGUACUGUAUGCGACCUUAUGUCACGUUCCGAGAGGGAGAAGCUUAUGGACACUGUUGCCCUUUAUUUCAGUAGGAGGCUCAACAUUUUGGUGAAUAAUGCUGGGGUGAUUACAUAUAAGGAAGUUAUAGACUUGAGUGCGGAGGAUUACAACACCAUGAUGGUUACUAACUUUGAGGCCAGUUACCACUUAUCUCAACUUGCAUACCCCCUGUUGAAGGUAUCAGGAAAUGGAAAUCUCAUCUCCAUCUCUUCAAUUGCAUCUCUUGUAGCGUUACCAGCAAUGUCCGUGUAUUCUGCAACUAAAGCUGCAAUGAAUCAAAUGACAAAAAACAUGGCAUGCGAAUGGGCUAAGGAUAAUAUUCAUGUUAAUGCAGUUGCACCAACAGUCAUUGCAACCCCUCUCAUAGAAGAAGCAAUUAAAAAUCCUGUGCAAAAGGAACAAAUUGACAAGUAUAUUGUUCGAACUCCAUUGGGCCGACCAGGAAAGCCUAAUGAGAUUUCAUCUAUUGUGGCAUUCCUUUGCUUCCCGGCUGCUUCAUACGUCACAGGCCAGAUCAUAUUUGUUGAUGGAGGAUAUACGGCAAAUGGCUUUUAAAAAUUAGUCAGUACGCCAAUAAGGUUAUCUAUUUUAAAGUUGUGUGACAUAUGGAUUAGGUACCUAAAGUUUGAUGAGUUGUGCUAAUAAAUUAUGAGAGCUGCAUUUUAAUAUAAUUUACUAUGUUUGGUUUGCAAUGUAUAAACUUUAAUUUUUAUGUUCGUACAAUUAUUUAGAAGAUGUAUCUUCCCCGUUGUGAAAAGAAUAAUAAAGUCAAUGGAGGAAAUUAUUGUUGGGGUUGAA